AUGCAAGCUUUAGGGUUCUGCUACGCAGAUCCAAAAGGGAGGGUAAGGCGCGAUGAUAAUUGCCCUAUUCUGGCUAAGGUUUUCUUCACGAAGUACGCGGACCGAUUCUUCUCUCUUCAUUUGCUUAGUCAGCUGCGGCUUCUUCCACUUCAAGGCCCUAAGAAGCUCUUGUCGACUCAACCGAUCAAUAGAAGGACAUCCUCGUCGAGUUCUUGCAUGCUAGCAGUGAGAAUCUCCUCUGCUGUGAAUCUGAUUGAAGAAAGGCAGCCGAAGCAGAAAUGGAAGGCUGAAAGAGUACUGGGGCUUCUACGUCAACAUUUCUACAAAACAUCCUCCAAGAGACAAUCCACUCCGGAGGGAAAGAAGGAUGUCAAAUUACCUUAUUCCGAAAUAGGUAUCCAGAUUCUACCGGCAAUGAUCACUGGAGAACUCAAAGAGUGCUACUUUAGCUAUAUGCUUAACACAUGUAAGUCGAACGAGGAGAAAAGGCGGAGGAAGUGUAGACCGUUUGAGUCAAAUGUUGAUUUCGACACUCGCUUAGAUAAUUCGAGAAUGAAUGAAAUCUGGAAUCCCUGGUAA